GGAGGAGGAGGAGGAUCUCUCCCCACAAGUUUACUUUGCCCUUUGAGGGAGAUGAGUUUCAGCCUCAACAAACGCGCCGUGAGAGGACCGGUGCGUGGGGAGUAAAAAGCUUGAGAGCACGCUGAAAUCUGCUGAAUUCAGGAUUACCGGCGGGCCAUGGACGCUUCGGUGUAGCGGAGUUUGUGUGCGGAUUCCCGGGUUGUGCGCCUGCAGCUGAGCGGACCGCGCAGCGCGACUCCAGGCGGCUCUGAAGGAAACCAUAUCUGGUCAAAGUAUUCGUUGCUGUCACACAGCGGGACCGUCCGGCUAUAAAUAGCGCUGGAGGAGGAGGACCGACUCUUUGCCAAGGAGCGCUGCGGGGCACUUGAUGUUCUUUUGCUUUUAUAUACCUGAGCUGGGGGGACACUGAGAUAAAGAUUCUUGUUUCCAAACUUUGGGAUCCCUGUGAGCCUCUGGUUUCCUACAUUUGAUCUUUCUCGUUUGGAAGGGUCAUCGAGAGGUGUGCUGUCCAUCAUGUCGGUGCUGAAGAAGGAGAUGGAGAAGUACAGGGACAUAGACGAGGACGAGCUGCUGAAGAAGCUGUCGGAGGAAGAGCUGCAGCGAUUAGAGGAUGAGUUAGAGGAGCUGGAUCCUGACAACGCAUUGUUGCCAGCUGGGAUGCGGCAGAAAGACCAGACAAAGAAAGCUCCGACGGGGUCGUUUCAGAGAGACAAUCUACUCGCCCACCUGGAGAAACAGGCCAAAGAGCAUCCUGACAAAGAAGACCUGGUGCCCUACACGGGGGAGAAGAGAGGUAAAGCCUGGGUGCCUAAGAAGAUCGUGGAUCCCAUCAUGGAGAACGUGACUCUGGAGCCGGAGCUAGAAGAAGCCCUGGCGAGUGCUUCUGAUGCUGAACUGUGUGAUAUCGCAGCCAUCCUGGGUAUGCACACCCUGAUGAGUAACCAGCAGUACUAUGAAGCCCUGGCCAGCAGCACCAUAGUCAACAAGCAAGGCCUCAACAGUGUGAUCCAGUGCACCCAGUAUAAACCAGUCCCCGAUGAAGAGCCUAACGACACCGACGUAGAAGAGACCCUGCAGAGGAUGAAGAGGAACGACCCAGACCUGGUGGAGGUCAACCUCAACAACAUCAGAAACAUCCCCAUCAAGACUCUGAAGGCGUACGCAGAGGCUCUGAUCACUAACAGUGUGGUGGAGAGGUUUAGUAUUGUUGGAACCAGGAGCAACGACCCCGUAGCGUUCGCCCUGGCAGAGAUGUUGAAGGUGAACACGACGCUGAAGAGCCUGAACGUUGAGUCUAACUUCAUCACAGGAACAGGAAUCCUGUCCCUCAUCGGGUCACUGCAGGGUAACACCACGCUACAUGAGCUCAAGAUAGACAAUCAGAGCCAGCCGUUAGGCAACAAGGUUGAAAUGGAGAUAGCCAGCAUGCUGGAGAAAAACACCACGCUGCUGAAGUUUGGAUAUCACUUCACCCAGCAGGGCCCGCGCCUCCGGGGCUCCAACGCCAUGAUGAACAACAACGACCUGGCCCGGGCCGUCAGGUCAGAGUCAGACGGCUCCUUCACCCUCACUCUGUCCGUGCCUGAGCUGGAGCGAGCCUUUGGGAAAAAGUUCAAGUCCAAGACUAAUAAGAAAGAGAAGGCUUGAGGGAGGACCCAUCUUCCCCAAGUGUCGGACGAAUGUGUAGAAACCGGAGCUACUCUCAACCCUCUGACCCCCCCCCCCCCCGAUCUCCCCCGACCAUCUUUACACACCUCGACUCGGUACCCUCCUCCGCCUCUCCUCCUCUUGACGGCCUGCAGAAGUCCGUGAACACACCUUCAGGUUCAAAUGUUGAGAGUUUGGAGGCGACCUCUGAACUCUCUCUCUACUUUCUAAGCCUCUGUUUAACGUCAAGGAGCGCUCAGUGCAUGCAGACGGUGAGAUUUUAUACAGAUUAUUUUGUGUUCUUUUGAGAAGUUUAAAUUGGAUCAAGGCUUGAAAUGCUGUAAGUCUUUGUACAAACUAACCAGACGAGGCUUUCUUUUGUCAUGAUGAAUCAUUUCAUAUCGCUUCGAGAGUGUCUCAUAUCCUUUGUAAAGAGGGCGGGAGGUCUGGUUUUACAUGGCGGCUCGUUAAAAGAUGGCGGGGAACUUUAAGCCGUCCCUGUUUCUCUGUAGGAGUUGAAUGAAUUCUAAUUAUUCUGUAAAUGAGUUGUGCUUUUCUCUGACGCUGUUCCCAAAAGCUUCGAGUGUCUCCGAAGCUGAAGUCCCAUCACGACGAGUUCUUUAGUUGUAGACCGAAUGGAUUCAUAAAGCUGACUCCUGUGAGAUGUGUUGCUAUUUAUUAGCAGAGUAUAUUUAUUUGUGAUGGUUAUAGGACAGAGAAGACGUUUCAAUACACAACGAAGCUUGGGUUGAUUGCUCUGCAGAGUGUUAAAACGUUUAGUGUCUGCAUAUCAAACUGUUAAACUCUGAAUACAUGUUUCUGUGCAACAUGAGGAAGCCUUCAGGUUCUGCAGAGGAUUUCUGCUAGCUGGGAAUAGCAGAGGCAGGACAAAAUAACCCACAGAAACAGUAUUUUUAUUUAGACUUUAUAACCUUCAACCGCACACACUUUUGAAACGUUUGGAUACCAUGUGUUUUAAAACGAUGUAUGAUGGUUCAUAUCGAAAAGGAAGAAUGUGCAACCUUUUUUAAUCCAGUAGAUGUCGCCCUUGAGCACCAGCAUGAAACCAAAACAAACUGCUGUUUGGCCACACCUCCAACCCCCCUCCCCUUUAGCGCAAGCGUCGGACGAAAUUGUCCUUGGCUCGAGCUGCAAUCACCUGUGUCCUGCAUUGGUGUGUUAGCAUGCUAAUGUUAGCGCUCUUUAGUUCGCUCGUAGCUUCACAUUGCAUGAAAACCGACACAGAAUGAGCGUGAUCUAAAAACUCUUACUAACAUCCAAAUAAUCAGUGAGUAUGUUCUUCUUCUCUCUAGUCCUUGACUAAAACAGCUUUUAUACACAAGGGGAGGAGCCGGCCGGCCCGUCCAUGUAAACAUGGCUCUGACAACAACACAGCCAGAGGGACUCGAGCUUCUCACUCACUGUAGACAGUCAUGACUCAGAGACACAUUUACACAGGAUACACUUGAUCUCUGCUGUAUUUAUGUCUAACAUGUCGCACAUUCUUCCUUUUAAAAAAAACAUCUUUUUCAUUAGACAUGUGCGUAGAAGACGAGUGAAGCCAUCAGACAUGCAGUCACACUCCUGCACACGCUGUCUAAAUAUGUUGGCAACAUUUCGGUGUGUUGCCAACGUGUGCAAUUUUAAAAAAUGUGCAGGAGUUUGCUUGACAUUUUUGCUCAUUUAAAACAAGAAAUUGCCCUUCAUUGGGCACCUAGGACCUCUACUUAUGUUUCUGCACGGUGUCCAAUCAGGUAUCGGUGUCGUUCGAUUUUUACGAUGGUCGUACUGAAGUUUAAAAUUCAGGUAUCAUAACAACUUUAAAGCUAAAUCAGGUGAUAACAGCCUGAAAGGACUUCUGUUACACCUUGAACCAGGUCAGGCUCGAUGAUUGUUUGUGUUCAUGUGUUUUUACUGGAGCUUCGAUGUGUGAUGUCAUACGAAGCCAACUGGUACUGUUCAUUACAGGUUUUCCUUUGAAGAGCCUGAACCCAAACGUUUUGUACUAAUUCAGCCGUCUGACCCUUCAGUGUAUCAUUUAUUCUUUUAAUGUUCAAUUGAGAAUCCAAACCGGAAAAUGUAAAAGCUGAUUCCUUAUUCCGUUCUUUGCCCAAAAAAUCGGAUACCAAAAAAUGCUCUGAUCAAAAAUUUUCAAUUUUAGGAGGCCGGUAGCCCAGUGGUUAGUUCGAGCGCCCCAUGUGCAGAGGUUUUGUUCCUCAAAGCGUGCAGCCCGGGUUCGAAUCCGACCUGUGGCAUCUUUCCUGCAUGUCUGUCCUCUCCCUCUCUCUCCCUCUCUCCCUCUCUCUCCCCACCUUCUGAUUCCAUCUUUAAAAAAAGGAAUAAAGAAGCCCAAAAUGAAUCUUUAAACUUAUUAGUAAAUGCAGGAAGAACUUGACUGAAUUGAGUUGGGGUACUUACCACCGUCACCCAGGUCCACAGAUGACGUACCACACACACUAAUGCUGCAUUCAGGUGCUCCUCGGAUUGUCCAAGUUUCCGAGUUGUGAAGUCAGUCUUCCUACUUCAGUGUGUUUACGUGCUUACAGUUUGAAAUAUUUAAACAUCAGCCAAAAACAUCGUCGAUGCCACGAAGAACAAGAUGUGUAUAAUGUCUCUGUUACAAGUUAUAUUUCAGAAAAUUAAUAAAAAGUAUCUAAACAUUAACUAAACAUAUUUUGCCCCCCGUGAUGAAGAUUAUGUCGUCAACUUUGCACCUAAUUCUUUUCCUAGUUUCCGAGUUUUUCCGAUGAUUCCGAGAAUACAUGAAUGCACCAUAACGUACACGUCAAAUUGGAGACAACAGGAUAAACUAUUGAAUUUUGAAAGAAUGAAUGAUACAUUUCCUCCUAUUCCCUAAAUAAUUAUGAGAAGACUAUAUGCUGUUUGUUUGGAAAUGCUCGUUGGCUGAUAACAUGGUCUAACCUCUGAACUAACCUCUGGUCCCGGGUCGCGUCUUUAAAAGCUCCCAAUGGAAAAUGUUCCUGCCAAACAUGUCUCUGAAAACAUGUUUACAUCCAGCUGUUCAUGAUAAACACGGCUGUACAUGUUGCAGCUCUGAUCAACGGCACCUUUGCAAAAGAAGGGUCAGCUGCUACUUCACCGAGAACUGACGCCGAUCUGUCGCCCUAAGACAAAAAGAAAGAGAGAGAGGGGCUGCACACCUGAGUCGAAUGGCUAAACUACCAUUUACAGAACCACAGGUAGACCAUACCCACUGCUACCCCAUCAGUGUUUCAGUGACGAAAACGUGUGUGCGUGUUCCUGACACUCAGAGAUCAUUCACCGCGUGUUUUAAGGGUCCGAUUAUGACGUGUAACGUGACGUUGUAUGUCUCUGCUCUGAUUCUUACCUGUCCGUGCUGCAGGUGUUCAACAAAUGUCAGCUAUGAAUGUAAACAUGAGUGAAAUAUGAAGUCACUGAAUGCUAAAGGUGAAGAGGACUCUUUUCACUCGGUCUGUGUGUGCGUCCUGUUUGCUCAUAUUUUAGUGCUUGAUUUUGUGUUUUUGUUAGAUAGUUCACUUUUUUUUUUUUUUGGUUGAUUUUAUUUUUGUUUUUGUUAUUGAAAUAAAUAAAGCUUGAAAUAUUAUCUG